AUGACAGCAACAGGUGUGAUAAACACUCGUCAAAUGAAGUACAGCGGAGGGGCAAUUAGAGCGCUGAAGAACGGUAACCUUGCUCCUGAUGUAGACCUCAGCACUUCACGCAGCAAUAUCAGCAACCACCAGGCCUUCUCGAAUCGAGUCUGGAGCGAAAAGCAAAACAAAAUACAUUCUCCCUUGAUUGAAGAUGAAGUACGUCAUAGCAUUGGCCCAUACCCUCUCACAUCAGAGCUUGCUCCGUGGGUUGCUGAAGCGCUAUUGAAGUACAAACCUACCGACGAAGUCCUCAACUUGGUUCAGCCAUAUGCAGCCGAGUUUCACGACCACGUCGAGAAAGAGAGAGCAAACAGUACGGGUCUUCACAACUUGGAUCUUGUGGAGCUCACGUAUCAAGUCAGUCUUGAAGUCGGCGCCGCCUUGCUAAUCGCAGCCCGGGAACAUGAAGAUGCUGUCGGUUUGGAGGUUGAGUUUCAUUCUUCGCGGGCUGCUCGAGACUCCCAUUUCGGUCCUGGUUCUCGAGAGGAUUAUGUGUAUUCAGCCCUCACUGGAGUUGAUUGGGCCAAAGGCCAGAACGUAUUCAGCAAUAGACUUGAAGCUUUUGAGAAAAAGGCGAGAGCAGCGGUUCCAAAACUCAACGAUAAGCUCUCUGGGAAAGAUCGGUCAUUCUGGCGCAUUGCCCUUGCUUAUCUGGCUGCCAUGAACAAGUGCGAAAACGCCCAAAAAUUCACCACACCCAAAACCGCAUCUAUCAACCACGACCUUGACAUAAACCUUAUUAUGGCUAUACGCUCUUUUGAUACCAUUGGGUCCGCUUACAUGUGCAGCGACGGUGCUGCUUUUUUGGACAAUGCCGGUAUGGAUGCUCUUCUUGGAUCUGCACUACCAAACGAUGUCAUGGACCUUCACACCGAUAUCAAGACUGGAGAAACACGUAACUUACUACGUCUGCUGUACCCUAAUGGUCUCAACAUCAAGGAAUCUAUUCAGAUAAUGUCAACAGUUUUGUCUGGCAUGCUCUGCGAGAUUUUUCGAGCACAUAAGCGCGCCCGCUUUGAGAACAGGGAGGAUGGCCGAAUUUCCGCCACGUCUCCUCCUUAUAGCUUCUGUCGAGCUCGCCAUCGCCGUAUUUUCGAGACCUUGGAGACAUACAUUCACCGCUACCCGUCGUUCUGGGACUGGACAGACGAAAUAUACAACGGUGCCAAGGCACAAAUUACCGAAGCUGGUCUGAAUGAGCUGCUAGUAAACGCUCUCAGAAGGGCUCGUGCCUAUAAUUCUCUUCCAGAUUCUGACGCGAACAACUUUUAUGACAUUUACUUCGACAUGAUCGAAAAUGGGAAAGGUCAAAUGAGCAAGAAGAGACCGCUAGGCGUUCAUGAAAAUAUAGCUUGGAUUGUCCGUGAAAUACACAGCUUGUGGCAUGACCACUUGCACGACCCUGGCAAGAAGCCUGGCUGGGGUCGAGAAUUUGACGAAAAGUCUGAUUCGCUUCUGGGCGAGGCUGGGAACAUUCUGGGCGAGAAAGGAGAAAUUUCGGACGAAGUGUACAGGUUUGCUAUUGCUUAUGGACGGUUGAGUAUGGCUCUGCCGUACGUCGCGUACCACACGGUCGAUGCCAUUAUCAUGACCUUUGGAAUUGCAGAGUAG